GGCACAGAAGCAGCACACAAAUGCAAGUUUAGUCAUUAGUACAAUGUCGUCUUCAGAGGACGAAGAUGUUCUUGCCUUAGUGCAUUUAAAUAAUAUUCAAAGAAGACGAUAUUGGGUAACAUCCCUUGUCGAAAAAGAAAAACAAAAAAUGUGGCAGCUUUAAUGUAUUCAAAGAGCUAAAUCAGUAUCCAGAACGGUUUCAGUCUUUUUAUCGAAUGUCUAAAGACUGUUUUACGCGGCUACUGAACAUAAUAAAACCAAAAUUAACUAAAAAGAAUACAAACUGCAGAAAUUGUGUUAGUACAGAAGAGCGAUUAUUAAUAACUCUUAGAUAUUUUGCCACGGGCUCAUCUUUUAAGUCCUUACAAUUUUAUUUUUUAAGAGGGCAUACAACAAUACGAAAAAUUGUUUAUCACACAGCCAAGAUGUUAUGGAAAACUCUACAGCCAGAGUUUUUACCAGAACCGACUAGGGAAAAAUGGUUGGAUAUCGCUGAACGCUUUUAUAGCCUAUGGAAUUUACCUAAUUGUAUUGGGAGCAUUGACGGCAAGCACAUUAGGAUAAAAGCACCCCCAAAUUCAGGAUCUGCAUUCCACAACUAUAAAGGUUUUUUUCUAUAGUGCUGUUAGCUGU